AUGUGGGCAUAUUGUACUGCAUUUGCAACUCCUAUUGGCACUACACCCUACAGAUUAGUGUACGGUAAAGGUUGUCAUUUGCCGAUGGAAAUCACACACCUUGCACUUUGGGCAGUUAAACAGGUUAAUACAGAUUAUACUGAUGAAGGUGCGCACCGGCAAUUGAAGUUAUGGGAGCUUAAGGAGUUACGCAACGAGGAUUAUGAUAUUGCACCUGCAUACAAGGACAAUAUGAAAGUAGUGCAUGAUGCGAAGUUGAGGUGUCAAGUCUUCGCUGUGGGCCAAAAAGUAUGGUUAUUCAAUUCGCGUCAUAAAUUGUUUCCAGGAAAGCUGAAAAGCAAGUGGAUGGGUCCAUUUGUGAUCAUACGCAUGGGCAAAUUUAGAGAAAUUGAGAUUGAAGAUAUGAAAGAUCAGAAGAGGCAAGUGGUGAAUGGACACCGAUUGAAGUCGUACUUGCACAGUGAUGAUCUUAACACGGAAUCAACAGAUGAGGGAAUUCCGGAAAUACAACCACAACAUCGAGCAAGUGUGGGGAAGUUGGAGACACCCAGUUUUCUUAAGCUGAAAAGUUAUGAUUUUGACCUCAAUUUGUUCAUAACUGUUGAAGGAUGGUCAGAGAAAGGAGAGCCGGAAAAGAAAAGGCUGUCAAAUCUUAAUCUCCUCGGGAUGUGUCCAAAAAGCGAAAAACAACAGGGUUUGUUAUACGGGACGCAGAAAUAG